AAUUAAUAUGAAAGGUACAAAAUUGUGACGCUGUACACAGUCUAUACAAAUCCAACUCUGUAGAUACAUAUGCAUAAUCGGCGUCGAUCAAUUAUAACAAAAAUACUAAAUUACAUAAAUAAAGCUGCAUUUGUAUGCAUAUGAAAGUAUAAAUUUACAUAAUAAAAACAAAUCGAUCUGUCUUUAGCAAGCAAAAAUUAAAAAUAAUAUAUCUAUAUGUGUACAUAAAAUGUCACAACAUAACCUCUUUGAUAUAGGAUCACUGUUUAUCUGCAUUUCCUGUAAACGAAGAUAGAGAAUGGAUCACGAGGACGAAUUUCUUAAUGCCUUCUUCACACAGGUCGCUCAAUUGUGCUCCGAGAAGGCUAAGGAAACAGUUGAAAAAGAAAGGGAAUCAUGUAAACAGAUGCAAAUGGGUCCAUGGGGAAUGCUUCUGCUGCAUUUACCACAGAUAGCUAUAGCAGAACGUUCAUAUGCAGAUUUAGGUUUCCUUCAUACUAAAAAUAAGGGCUUCCUUAGGAAGGAUAAUUCCUUAAAAACUGUAUACGAAUCUUUAAAGUCUGAUUUAAAGAGAUUAGAGGAAAUGACAAGAGGAACAAACUCUAUUGGUGCGACAGUCGCGAAUGUUUCCAAUCAACUCUGCCAAUUCAUCACGGCAAGAAUCCAGCUGAUAGAUUUUUAUGAGAAAAUGUACAAUGUGAGUGCAAACAGCAAAGUUAUGAAGCAUCAAGAAUUGCUGCAAUGUAUAGAAGAAAUAGUAGAGUGUCAUUUAUUAUCCUGUUCUCACUUAGCAUUAACUGCUAUUAAGACAAGUUUAACAUUGGAAUGUGAAAUACUAGUACAAUUAAUGAAAGCGCAAGUAGAAGUUCAAAACUGGAGGUUCCUACCAACUUUGAUGGCUCUUUAUGGAGCGCAAGCACGAAUGUCAGCUUGGGAAAGAACUCUGCAAAGCAAGGAGUCUUGGAAAUUGGGCUUUGGUGCAACAUUUCUCAAGGCGAAUCAACAACCGGCAUUGUAUCAAUGGCUGGUGAAACUACGCAGUGCCAUAUUAGCUAAGUGUUCUUUGUAUUUUCACACUACUUUAAGUCAACAAGCUAGUCCAGGGGAAAUGAGAAGUAUCAUGAGCAAGCAGAAUGUGGAUUAUUAUCAUAAGAUACAGAGUUUUCAACGAAAGCAUGAUAUACUAGCAGUAUUGAUAAUUUUCGAUUCCAGAGGAACUGAAAAUUCAGGUUCGGGAUAUAAACAUCCAGGAAGAGGAGCAGACGUGCCUCCAAGUUUUCCUGUUGUUGUUUGUUGUCCUAAUACAUUCAUGCAGAAAUCAUUAGUACACUUGGACAAUAUUCAAACUAAGAUAAAGGAACGUCAUGCAGAACUUCUUGCUAUGGAUAAAGUUAUAUAUCAUAAAUGCACAAAGGAUUUGUGUACUUAUGCUUUCCACAACACUGAUCCCAGAAUGACUCUCGUGAUUGUAUUUGAAAAUGGGAAACAGAGGGACAAGGAAACUCAUAUUACAUCAUUCCUGACAGAUCUGUCUAUGCAUAUCAGGUGUAAUAAGGUUUACGAAUGUCUGAAAUUAUCAAAAUGAGUAAUUGCGUGAAAAUAAAUUAUACCAAAGACCUGAUUGUUACAAUCAAAAAUUGAUUAUUUAUCUAUAUAUAGCUGUAUAAUAUUAUGAAUAAAAAAUUUAUAUUAUAU